GAGGAAGGAGCCUUGAGAGAUGGAGUCAAUAAACACAAACUUCACUGUCACUGAAUUUGUCUUCCUGGGCUUGUCCCCUGAACCAAAGAUGCAGCUGAUUCUUUUUAUUAUGUUCUUGUUCUUCUAUUUAUUAACGGUGGCUGGAAACGUUAUAAUCAUCACUAUCAUCCAGAGGGAACCUCGCCUCCAAACCCCCAUGUACUUUUUCCUCACUAAUUUAUCCUUUCUGGACAUUUGCUACACAUCCACCAAUGUUCCACAAAUGCUGUCCAACAUGGUGGGGAAAAACACCAUCCCAUUCUCCAGCUGCGCUACUCAGAUGUACUUCUCCCUCUCCUUUGGAAUGAUUGAGUGUAUCCUCCUUGGUAUCAUGGCUUAUGACAGAUAUGUAGCCAUUUGCCAUCCUCUUCAUUAUGCUUUCAUUAUGGACCAAAACACAUGCAUUCAACUGGCAGUCAUUUCUUGGUCCGGUAGCUUUCUGAGUUCCAUGGUUAUUAAUGUUUUCACUUUGAGUUUGCCCUACUGUGGGCCUAACAUCCUGAAUCACUUUUUCUGUGAGGUACCUUCUGUCCUGAGGCUGGCUUGCACUGACACCUCAUUCACGGAGCUGGUCGUUUUUAUCUUCAGUAUCGUCAUUGUCUUCAUCCCUUUCCUCUUCAUUUUUGUUUCCUACGUUUGGAUCCUUCGAUCUGUUCUCAGGAUGCAGUCAGCCUCUGGGCGGUAUAAGGCAUUAUCCACCUGUACCUCCCAUUUGACAGUGGUGACCUUAUUUUAUGGGACUGCCAUCUUCAUGUACAUGAGACCCCAGUCGAAGUCCUCCUGGGGUGGGGGCAAGAUCAUUGCGGUUUUCUACACGGUGGUCACACCCAUGCUCAACCCCUUGAUUUAUAGCCUGAGGAACCAAGAUGUGAAAGGAGCUUUAAGGAGAGCUAUUUCAAAGCAGAGGACGUAACAGCUGGUAAUGAGACACUAACCUUCACUCUUAAUCUAAGAUAACUACCUUCUGAAAGGGAGAAAGUAAAAAUAGCUCUGAUAGCCAACAUCUGCCCAGUAGUCACUUGUGAAGGGUACAUAAAUCCAGGUGCAAUCUCAGCAGCAAAAAAUGUUUCCUCCAAGCACAUGGCAGGGAUUUCAUGUGUCCAAACAACUUCCUUCAUUGAGCUACUGCUCAAUGUUAUGUUACUCACUGAAAAAUAAAUAAAUAAAAUAAAGCACCUGUUUCUUUAAAAUCACAGACUAUCUGAAAUUAUUUUUUUGAAAUUAUAUCAGUGAGGUAAAAUAUUUUUCUCUCUUCUGGAGAAUCUAAGUCAUUUUGAUACAGAGGAGAAUUCCAACUCAGGUGCAGAAAUUCAGAUUAAUGGUUUUCUAAUGCAACAGUCCACAUCUGUGUUAAUUUUGUAGUUUCCAGGGAAACAGAACCCUGAAUCUAAUUUUUGGUUUGGACUUCUCAUUGUUCCCUUUACAUAUCCUGCUUUGUAGCAUUCUAUCAAAAUAUUGCUUCAUUUAAAUUUCACCUAAACUUCUUUCUUCCUGAAAAUUCAGUGAUAGCUCUAGUUUUUCCUAUGUUUGAAGAAAUACUCCAUAGUUUCCCUGACGUGUGUUCCCUCUCUUUGCAAUGUGUCAGAACAAUCUUAAUUUGUCUAUGUAUAAGUUUGUUUCUGGUGAAUUUAGACUACUUGUGUGUACAGGAGGACAACAGUGAUCAGAAGCAGAAGAUUUGGUCAUAUGUUAAUUAAUAUAUUAAAGGAUUCAUUUACUCAUUGAUAAUGUAUUAUUUCAUGACUAUGUAAUAUAAUGUUAAACAAAACAGAAAUGUAUCUUGUUCUCAAGACAAAUAUAUGUCAUGUACUUAUUCUCUAUGUUUAUAAAUACAUAUUAUGUACAUAUAUACAUACAGUGACAAAUUAUGAUAGCUGUAAUAAAGAAAUAAUUUUCAAGAGGCAGUGAUAGGCAAUAGGAAGGAUGUCUUCCUCUGAGGAGAUUGCAUACAAGAACCAGAAGGAGAGAUAAGAGAAAGAUUGAGGUCUUUCUUAGUUAAGAGUUACUGGACCAAAACUAGAGAAAUAAGAGUGUGCUCCCUUUGAGGGAAUAAAAGAAAGCAGUGAAAGAAACCAGUAUGGCUGGGGAAGCAGCUGCUGGCCCAUGCAGGGCUGAGGAACUGUGGAGAGCAGUAGGGGCUUAUUCUUAUUCUUAGAAAAGUGUAAGUAUUCUGAAGAAGAGCGAUACAGCACAAUGUAUGUUUUCAUGAGAUUUUUCUGUGUGAUGUGUGGAGGACAUUAAUUAGCAGUAGACAAUUGUGAAAGAGUUUCCCACGUAUUGAUGCUGUUCAGCCAGUAUUGGUAAAGAUAAUUAUUCUUUGAAUUAAAAGAAUAGCUAAAUAUAAUUUAGUAUUAAUAAAAAAUAAAUUAUUAAUACUAUUAUUAAUAUUUAA